AUUCAAAAGUUUUAUUUAUACAUUAAUUUUCAGCACGCAUCAGUACUGGCAUCGUGCAACGGUACAAAAGACACGACGUGUCAUUGGGUGUGUAAGGAUAUGAAUUUUUCCAUACGAUUAUCGUUUCAUGGAGUCGAAAAGGAAGCAAUUAUCUCAUCGGAUACUACAUGCUUAUUAAAUGUCAAUGAAACGUCAUUGUGUCAAAGAAAUGAAACAGCGAAUAAUAAUUGUAACGUUACCUGUGAUAAUUUCGAAGACGAUCGAUGUCUAUACACGUCUGUUACUUUCUGGGGUUUUGUCAUCUUGAUGGUUUUUGGCUUAGCUGGUUAUUACAUUUCCAUCAGCGUAAAUGAUACAAUUUGCUUCGACAUAUUAGGUACAGUUGGACAAAUGAAGUACGGUAAGCAACGACUGUGGGGUUCAAUCGGUUAUUCUUUUAUGUCACUUGUAUCGGGUUAUACAAUAGACUUGUGGUCACAAGGAAAAAUUUACAAAACUUAUACACCAGCGUUUCUUUUUAUGCUCGUAUUCAUUGUUAUUGACUUGAUUUGCUGCAGAAAAUUAAAGGUAUAUUACACGAUUAAAAGGAAAAAUAGCAUAGUAGUUUUAAGUAGGACUGGUGAUUUCCUUCGAAUCCUUCGCCAUUCGAACUUUCGAAAUCGUCGAAGCUUCGAAUGUUCUUUGAAUACAUUCGCCACUCGCACGAUUAAAUUUUUCGAAGCUUCGAACCUUCACAUUCUUUCGAAGCUUCGAACCUUCGAAGUUAUCAAAAGUAACAGCCCUAGUUUUAAGUGUACAUUUUUCGUUGAUAUUGCUUCCUCAUAGAGGAAGCUUUGUUUU